AUGAGAAGACAGCUAGACUGGGCUCUAAUUGAGGUUGUUACACCCCGUAUUGGGAGUAAUAAUGUGCCGCCCACUGGAUCAUAUAGAGAUGGAUUCGCGGACUUUUCAGGACAACUUAUGGAGCAGCCCUCUGUAAAUAGCCCUCCUCAUGGCUCGGCUUUGUACAUGACUGUGAUGGAGGAAGCAGCAGUUACAGACAAGAAUGGAUUGCAGUUCUGUGCACAGGGAGACUCUGGAUCAUUUAUAUUUGACGUGGAGACGAAAUUCGUAGGGCUUUUGUUUGCAGGGAACAUGGAAACUGGGGUGGGAUACUUUACCCCCGCAGCGAUCUUGUUUGAAGAUAUCAAGGCGAUGACUGGAGCGCUCGAAGUCCGUUUGCCUUUAUCGUAA